AUGUCCUCUCCAACAAUUACAUACAAAAACCUCCCAGGUCCAGUAGGAGACUGCCUCAAGCCCUCCUCCCUCUCAACAACCGCCACCGUGCCCGUCUCACCCACAACCUCCCUCGUCUUCACUACCGGCCAUAUCGGUCUCGAUUUGAAAACCGGUGCUCUCGUCAACAGUUCCCCUGAAGCCGAGUUCGAAGCUAUAUUCAACUGUCUCGAUGAAGCAUUGAAGCAUGCGGGAAUCACAACCGGACUCUGCCAGGCGUAUAAAUUCGUCAGCUAUUUGACAAGCGCCCAGGAUGAAGCUGUCAUGCAGCGUAUUUUCCAUCAGAGGUUUCCCGAUGCUACCCCUACUUGGGCUACUGCUAUUGUGAAGGAGAUAAAUGUGCUUGGUAUGCGUGCGGAGAUUGUUGCGGAGGCAGUGCUGUUUAAUGAUGCCUGA